AUGAUUAAGAUUCGUUAUAUUCCAACGAUAUCAUCAUUUACAAUCUCUGAAGAAAUAAAAUAUAAUAGUCCAAAUUCAAUUGUAUUGAUAAAUAAGAAUUUUUUAAAUCAAUAUAAAUUCUAUUCAUUAAAUAGUGAUAAAAAUAUUGUAUUGCAAUCUUCAACCCUUUCAAAUAUUUCAAAUACUUUAAUUGGUUUUAUAAAUGAUGAUCAAUUAUUAUUUUUAAAUCAAACAGAUAUCAAUAUAUUAUCAGUCCCAAAUGGAAAAAUACAAACAAUUGGAAAUAUAACUGAUAGAAAUUUCUUUGGUUUGCUAAAAUCUCCAUUCUACGAUGAUAAUCAUAACUGUUUAGUUGGAUUAUCACUUAAUAAAACUGGAGGAGUAGAAGGAAGAGUUUUAGAUAUGGAAAAUCAAAAAAUGUUUACAUGCGCAAGUGGAUUCUUUUUGAGUCACUCAUGGAUAGUAGAUUCCAGCUAUGAUUAUCAAAAAGGAAUAUUGUAUACAAUAAUAGAAGUUAAUAAUAAUAGUACUUGGUUAUCAAGUUUUAACAUAGAAUCAUGUAGUUUUAAAUAUCAGCUGUUAAGCAAUCUUCCAAUUAAAAUCAACGCGACAUCAACUGGUUCACUUUCAAACUACAACGGUACAUUGUAUCUUGCAGUUAACAGUGACAACGACAAUUCUUUCCAACUCUUUACAAUCAACACUGAAACACUAAAGAUUGGUUCAAUCAAACAGAAUAAUAACUUCAAAACAAAAUCUAUCAGCUACUCGUUGAAUAGAUAUUACUCUGGUUUGGUUUCAUCGGAUUACAAAACAUUGCUUAUUAUCGAUUUACAACUUCAAUCAAUAUCCAAAGAAAUUCAAUUGAAUGGACCAACAGCAACAACAGAAAUCAACAAUUACUAUUAUACCUUCACCUCUAAAUCCAUUGAUGAUCCACCAACAAACUAUGGAAAUACUGGCGUUGCAUACACUAAUAGAUCUAGUUUCGUCAUUUUUAUAAAUAUGGUUUGGGAAGGGGGCUAG